UCUCAGGCUGUCGGUCCUGCAGUGCUACAGGUGACCUUGUCUGGACCCCGUCUGCUGGCAAGUGCUUCCUCAGUCAGGGUGGUCGUCUGUGGACCGGGGUGCCCGGAGGAGGUCUCUGCGAGGUACAGACAGCAAUAGCAGCCUCUUGUCCAGCUUACGCUGGGAGCAUCGUCAAGAGUUUCACAUCAGACUCUCGGAACAACUUGGAACCUUCUAGAACAGUGGUUUUCAAAGUGUCCCCAACCAGCAGCCUCAUUAUUACCUGGAAACGGAUUAGAAAUGAAAAUUAUCGGACCCCAACACAGACCUGCUGAGUCAGAACCCUGUAGGUGUGGCUCCCAGGUUUCAGAAUCACCGCUGUAGUAAGUAGGUGUGACAUCCAUUUUCUGGAGGAGAAACUGGCCUGGAGAAGCUGGGUAACUUGCGGCUACAUCCCAGCCCAUUAAUGGCAGGGUCUGAUUCCAACCUGUUUCUUCUGGACCUCAAAAGACUCCGAGCCAAGACCGUGGGGCAGAUUUUACACAACAGCACCACUUCUGAGCGAGGCUCAUGGUGGUGCACGGCCCAAAUCUUUUCAGUGAUGUAAGACCAGGACUUGGGUGAGAGACGUCUGUAGGAGAAAGUGACUGACGUGCUAGGUUAGAGAAGGCUUCCAGGAAGAGGAGGAGGGACACUGGAGCUGGGUGCCUUGUGGCAGUCUGGGGAGAGGUUGAGCAAGGCCAGAGUCCCCCUUCUGCCCUCAGGCUUCAGUUUGCUAGGGAAGGGGAAAGGACUAACAUUAACGGAGAACUGACAAUAUGCUAAGUGCUGUAACCCAUUCAUUCCACCAUCAGAACAACCUUGGGGAACCAAGCGGUGAAUUGACUUUGACCGAGGUUGUAGGGUUAGUUAAUAUAGGGUUAGUUAAUGGAACUUGAAUGGAAUUCAAGGCCUCUUUUUUUUCUGCUUCUAGAGCUGGGUCUUUUCCACGCAUAAGCUGCCACCAUCAAGUGCAAGAGGCAUUUAUUCUGAAGGGUUCCCAGGGGUAACCUUAGCAGAAAUUGUCCUCUCUGACCUGUGUCCACCCUGUGCCCAUCCAUGUUUGACUUGGAAGCCCUCCCUCCCCAGUGCGGCUCCACACUAAAUGACUGAUUCCUUCGCUCCUUUAAUACAUAUUUGUACCAUGGCGAAUAAGGCUGUGUCAGUGGUCUCAGGGCUCUAUUAAGACAGUUUCUUAGGGACUUCAGUAAUCCAGGGGUCAUGGAAGGAACCCCCCCAAUGAGUGACAUUUAAAAUAAGACUUGAAGAAAGGGAAGGAACUAGGGAGGGUACGAAUGGGAGGGAGAGAGGUGUUCUGAGAAGCGGAACUGCAAAUGCAAAGCCCCUGAGGCAAGAUGGAACUUGCAAAGUUCUAGGAACAGGAUAAAGUCCGAACAGCUGGAAAAUGUGUAAGAUGAGUAAGGGUUUUGGAUUUCCUUCUGAGUGCAAUGGGAUGCCAUUUUAAGGGUCCAAGCAGGAAAUUAGUUUAAGAUCAUGUCAGUCAACUGGAUGAAGAAUGGAUGAGGAAAUGGAUAAAACAGAAGCCGAGAUACGAGUUAGGAAGUUGUUGCAGGCUGUGGAAGGAGAACAUUCUAAGUCCUUCUUUAGAAAAGGUAGAGAAGCCAGUCUGAUGCCUGCCACGGAAACCAUCGCCCGGGUCAGACAUGAAGUGUGUGUGUCAGAUUCUUGUCCUCUGGGUCUUCUCAGUGCUCCUCUUGUGUCUGAUGAUCCGCUGCCUGGAUCGGAAACCUGAAUCGGCACCCCAGGAGAAGCUGGUGUACUUGGUACCGUGCUGUGGCAACUGUCUUUGGUUUAAGUUCAAGAAGUGUGGCAGCCCAGCUGGGACCCUCAACUACUCCCUGUGCCACCAGACAGUCAGAGAAGCAAACUGCUUUGAUGCAUGCUGUGAGAAGAUGACGGGGUCCCUGAUGAGGACAACAGAGUCCGUGACCCCCAAUGCUGUGUUCUGGUGGUUGGGCAUGAGCUCAGCAAGCGAGCUGGGCAAAGUGUGGGAGAAGCUGUUCAAGGUGAUUCUCAGACCCUCAGUGAAGCAUAGUGAUCUGUACUGUGGGUCUUGUGUGCUAGUGGGGAACUCGAAGGUCUUGCGAAGGGCUUCUGGCCUCAGCAACAACGUCACCCAACACACCACAGUCUUCAGGUGGGUGCUGAGGCGAAGGCAGGGUGCAGGAAGGCCCAGACCUGUCUCCAGAGUUCUGCCAGUUUCUGUUCUCCUUCCCAGGGUGAAACCGGCCCCUGUUCAGCGCUUCAAGACAGUAGGGAACCAAACCACGGGCUUCACCUGCGGUAGGAAUGCUGGGGCCCAGGGUUCCUGGAGACAGCUGCUGCUGCUUCUCCUAAAGCUUUCUGGUCUGGCAUGGACUUCAGAUGCUCUGAGUCAGGAGAUUUUGGAAGAUGACCUAGUUCCCUAGUGAAAUGGAAGAUAGCAAAGACAAGGAUACCCCUUUUGGAUUUGGAUCAGAGAAGCAAGGAAAAUGAGAGGAUGUUAAUCAGAACAACGACCCUGUGGAGGUUACCACCUAGCACAGAAGCAGAAAUGGAAGUCAGCCAGAGGGUGUGUUGAGCAAGCUCACCAUCCACAUGUGAUGCCCUGCCCUGCCGGUCCACACAAGUCCUAGUCCUUUGGUCCUGAAAGCAGGAGAGUCUUGAGAUUUUAGCAGCAACAGUAGAGAACUUUCGGGGUGAAGGGUAAGAGGAAACUGUGUGGUCAUCAGUCGGGUACUGAAUAAAAUCCUGGUCAGAUUCUCUUACCCGUGAGGACAGUGUCAGGGGAGGAAGGGCCUGACUUGACUUCCUGAUCUCAGGGGCAAUAUUUCCAUGGCUUUCUCUGCAUGUCCCUGGAUCAUGCAGAUGGUAUAAAUUUAGGCCCAGACUCAGUUCUUGGAUAAGGAAUUGAACCACAGGAUAAAAGAAAUGAGCCUCCUUAUUUCAUCCUAUGCUGGAGGGUGAAUUUUUUUCUAGCUCAGCUGUUCACUGAAGGUUGAGUGUUUUCUAGGGGCCUCAUUCCAAUUCCCGGUCUCCCCUGGGCUCAGGCUCCUCUGCCCACAUGGGCACUGAACUCCUGAAUUCCCAGGCUGCCACUAAGGCAGCUCAAGGACCGACCUCCCUCCUCCCUCCCUCCCUCCCUCCCUUCCUUCCUUCCUUCCCUCCUUCCUUCCUUCUUUCCUUCCAGAAGGGGAAGGGAGGGAGAAAGAGAAGGAGAGAAACAUCUAUUGGCCACCUCCCACAUGCCCCCGACUGGGAACCCUGCCUGCAUUGGAAACAUGUGCCUGGACGGGGAAUCAGGGAAUUGAACCAGUGACCCCCAGGUUCACCGGCUAGCACCCAAUCCACUGAACCAGGCCCAUGCUGUUUUUCAGUUCUUUCUAUUUCUGGCAUCUGGGGAACUCCUAUUUCUUUCUCUGCUCUGCAUUUAAAAUAAUUUUUAUUAAAAACAGUGUAUAUAUGCUUAUAAAUUUUCCAACUAACUCAGAAAAGAAAGGAUACGCAAGACAUUAGGACUAGUAAGUAGUUGCCUCCGGGGAGGAGAUUGGCUAGGCAGAGAGCCAGGGGGCGAGUGGGUUCUUUCUUUUCGUAUACUGUUUGCACCUGUUGGACUGUGUGCCACGGACCCGUACUCUACAUUCAAAAAUACAUACAAUUUAAAAAAUUUGCCCAGGCUGGUGUAGCUCAGUGGAUUAAGUGCGGGCCUGUGAACCAAAGGAUCGCAGUUCAAUUCCCAGUCAGGGCACAUGCCUGGGUUGCAGGCCAGUUCCCAGGAGGGGAUGCAAGAGAGGCAACCAUACACUGAUAUUUCUCUCCCCUUCUCCUUCU